CAAUUGUGCUCAAAUUUUCGCAUAUCUACCCUUUUCUUAGUUUUCUUAUGCUAGAAAGCAACAGUUGUUAUAUUGGUGUCUACUUCACAUAUUCUCCAUGACCAAGUGGACAGCGGUGGGAGUAUUCAAUAUGGAUCUUACUGCUGCAAAAGCUAUUCUGCAAUUUGAAGGACAAGUGGUAACAGUGAACUAGCUGGAAACUUAAUGCCGACUUCCACUUUGUCUAGUUGCAUCUUUCCUGUAUGUAUUUAUCUUGCAUCUGCUUCCCCCCUAGUAACUCGUUGGAACAUAUCCCCCUAGUAGAUAGUUGGAACAUAUGGACCUGUCUUUUCUUUGAAAUGGAGGGAGGUUCGAAGUUUUGUUCCUAGCCUUCCUUGUAGCGUUGAAGAUGAUGAGAGAUCAAAGAAGAAAACAGUCAGAGCCAUUUUGGUCUUCAAUGGUGAUGAAAAAAUGGCUAAACAUCAGGCCGAAAUUAAAUGAUUUCAGCGAAGACGAGUUUGAUACAGGCAGUGAGGAUAGUGACGGUACUAACUCUGGAGAUGAUAAUAACUUCUUUGAGAUACAUGGAAAUCUCAAAUACAUGAUUAGCAAAUCAUCAGGAGAGAAAACAAUUCCUCUGCGAAGUCUUCAGAGAAGGAAAUCAGAGAGUUUACGUGUUAACUACAUCAGUAACAAAGAUGUGAGGGUGAUGAUAGGUACAUGGAAUGUUGCUGGAAGAGUGCCUAGUGAUGACCUUCGUCUUGAUGAGUGGCUUUGUACACAAGAGCCAGCAGACUUGUAUGUUUUAGGUUUCCAGGAAGUUGUCCCACUAAGCGCUGGUAAUGUGUUGGGAGCAGAGGACAGUAGACCAAUACGGAAAUGGGAAGCUCUUAUCCGCCAAACACUUAACAGUUCUCAGCAAACCAGGACAAUCUGCAAAAGCUACAGUGCUCCACUCUCGCCAUUACUAAGGCCUGUUGCUUCAGGCGAUGGGAAAUCCAAACCUGAAGAUAGAGUGACAGGAAGUUUAACUCAGCUUAGAGAUUGGCAAACUAGUAAGAGUGAGCUUCAUUGCAGCUGGUUCGAUGGGACCAGUUCAUUGGACUGGCCAGAAUAUCCACUCGACACUCCAUCAAAGGUUUUGGUGUCAGGUACAGGCUUGAGGCGAGUCAUGAGUUUGGGGUUAUUUAGCUCCAACUUUGUGGGAAACCCUCGAGGUCUUGAGCUCCAGGAUGUAGAUUUGCAUGCUGGGAUGAGAAGGCAGUAUCAUAGCUCGGGAAAUCUUAGCAUGUUAUGGUCUGAACAGCAGGAGAAGCUUGAUGUUUUAAAUUCACUUGAUCGCUUAUCUGAUUUGGCGUCAGAAGAAGACUCAACUUUUGAAGACACCGUUGAGGGCUGUGCUACUCUUGGGAAAAGAGAAUCUUCCGUGCAUCGUGCAAAUUAUGUGCGAAUUGUCAGUAAACAAAUGGUUGGUAUACAUGUUUCUGUAUGGGUUUCCCGAAAACUGAGGCGACAUGUUAACAAUCUGGAGGUAUCACCGGUUGGGGUUGGACUCUUGGGCUACAUGGGCAACAAGGGAUCGAUUUCCAUCAGCAUGUCUCUUUUCCAAACUCGAUUGUGCUUUGUCUGCUCUCAUCUUGCAUCUGGUCAUAAAUCAGGAGAUCAACAAAAAAGGAAUGCUGAUGUUUACGAGAUUUUACAAAGAACAAGGUUUUCUUCCUUGUUUGCUGCUGGUCGUCCACAAAAGAUUCCUUCUCAUGAAAUUUCAUUUUGGAGCAGUCGGAUUUUCUGGUUCGGGGAUCUUAACUACCGCAUUGACCUGCCGGACUCUGAAGUGCGAUAUCUGGUGGGUAUGAAGAAGUGGGAUGACCUUUUGAAGUCUGAUCAGCUAACGAAGGAGCUAGUAAGUGGGAAUACUUUUGUUGGUUGGAAGGAAGGCUUGAUUAACUUUCCACCAACUUACAAGUACGAAAGGAAUACAACCAGAUAUGUUGGCGAGCUUCAUAAUGAGGAGGAGAAAAAAAGAUCUCCAGCAUGGUGCGAUCGUGUGCUAUGGUUUGGGAAGGGUACCAAACAACUAUCAUAUUGGAGCUCCGGUCUGAACCUCUCAGAUCACCGGCCAGUCAGCGCCGUCUUCUUGGUUGAAGUUGAAGUGUUCAAUCAACAAAAACUCGAGAGGGUCUUGAACUUCAAUCCUGGAUUUGUUUCAAAUGGGGAUUAUUACAUGAUGGCAGAUCCUUAAAACUUUUUUUUUUGAGCCAGUGGCAUUGUGCGGGGUAUAUAAAUUUUGCAGUGAUUCUUCUGUAGGAUUUAGUCCUGCCAUUGUGUGAAUUGCCACAGUUUUUUUGGGGAAUACACCGAUAAUUCGGGUAAGGAUUUCUAUUAUGUUGGGGCCACGGGUAUCAUGUCACUGAAGUACGCCUCGUUACAUUGCACAUGGAAAUACUCUUAAUUCUCAAAAAUCCUUGAGAGACGAGUGUUAUCUACUCUACUAGACUACUACUACUAUUAUCUAUUACUUGUGUUUAUGUCUAUAAUGUUGGUUUAUAUUGGACUUGCACACCUAUUUACUACUUUAAUACUAUUAUCCCUAUUUAUUUGAGACUA